AUGCAGACCUUUGAGCGGGUUAUCCAUAUGCAACAAGGACCACCUUGGGGUUUCCGACUGGUAGACACGUUCAAUGGCAGUCUUGUUGUUUCUCAGAUUCGAAGACAGAGUCCAGCAGAAAUGGCGGGUCUUCGAGAAAAUGACGUCGUUCUUGCUAUCAACAACUAUUCAACAAGAGGCUUUAAUCGGUCAUAUGCGAUCGACGUUAUUAAUACGUCUGUUUAUGAAUUGGAUCUCGUUGUUCAAAGGCAGGAGCGUCGAAAGCCGCAGAUGAUGACAUUUUUUCUGGAUACCAGCGCCGCCAGAGGUCAGAUGGUGCGGCAAGAGAUGGCUUCACGUGACCUCGACAUAUCCUGGAGGAAUGAGACAGCUCCACAGCCACCGGAGCCGCGACGUAUCAAGCCUGCUGAUCCCAGUGUCACUCCCGUCUCUCUCGAUCGCCUCCUACGUGAGUUUGAGGCUCCUAAGGCGACACCACCCAUCAAGAAGCGCACAUUUGCAAAUUCGGCUUUUUACACCGGGACAAAUGUGUACUAUCCAAGUGUGGAGGAGCAGAUUGAAAUGGCGCGCCGAGUGGCGAAAAGCAUUGAGGCUCCCGUAAAUCAGGGUUCUCGGGGUGCCAGAAUGUUUGAGGCGCAACAACAAAGGGCGGAAAAAUAUGUAAAAGAGGGUCCAGAACCAAUUCCCGAUCCCUUGGAAAACGCUACCGCUCAGCAACUGGAGUAUAUGAUUCCACCGGCUCCUCCGCCUCCACCUCCUCCCGCAGCGCCGAGUUUCCCCACUCUGACAUCCACCAUUCCCCCUCCUCCGCCACCUCCACCGCCACCGCCGGGACAACCGCGUUCAAUACAGGAGUUUAUUGAGAAGAUGCGUCGUUUUCCCAAAAAUACUCACACUGAGAUCUCGCCACAGGUUUGCUUUGAUAUCGCAGCAGCGUUGCACACCUCAGGCAGCCGAGGUGGGGCUAUGUUCGCUAAGCGACGAGCGAAGGCGCAGAGCUGGGAGGUGGAGAGCACGGGCGUAACUGUCCCAGUACUAGAGCCGAAACAGGCUGACCGACCUAAGCUAAUAUCGAAAUUAGAGCAGCAGCACCAGCAUCAAGUAUAUCGAACACAACAGCAGUCAACAUCUCCUCCAUCUUCGCAAAAGCAGAGUCGAAACUCUCUUACUGGCCUGGUACGGAUGAACGAAAUGUCCUCGAGACCUCAGUCGCCUAAUUUGGGUAGGCUAAUGAGCAGAGUCUAG